CACGAGCUCGGUGGACCGUUCGGAUCUGCGCAGCACUUCGCCGGCGCGUGCUGCUGUUGGCUGGCCGCGCUCGCUCGCGCUCGCUCUCUCUCCCAGUUCCCCAUCUCGCGCACCUCCACCCAUCACACUCCCAGCAAUAACCACAAGUGACAGGACGACAAAAUCCGCGGAGCAGGUGAAGAAACAGGCUAUAAGUGGAAGAUGGAUGAAUGAUGAGAGGACGGCUAGCUGGCAGACAGACAGGAGAGCCGCUGUCGCAGAGGACGAGAAGGAGGACAGAGGGACGCAGACACAUCUGCGUGACUUUGGGGAUUUUUCUCCGGCAAAAGGGGGGGAGAAAACGAGCAGACGCUAACGUGUCGGAAUUACCGUGGUGGACCAAGACGUUGUGGAUGUUGGUGACCUUUGUCAGAUUUCUGCUUUGCAGUUUUGUUAAUUAAGGUACUUUAAAAUAGUUUGUAUAUUUUAUUCGAAGGAAUUUUUUUUAGAAAGAUUUUGUCCUCUCGGGGAUUUGUUUUUUGAGUGGCUUGAAGGAGAACGAUUUUUAAGAGACGACACCCCCCCACCUCCUCCUCUUACAUAAAUGUUUGCGUGCCAUUAGUUCUCUCGUUCUCGACCCCCCUCUCUCUCCCUCUCAAUAGGUUGCUGAGUCUCACACGCAGACAGACACAUCUCAUCUGCACACACAGACAGACCAGGACAUCAUCAAACGCGCAGGCACACAUCUCAUAUGCAUACAUAAUUAUAUAGACUGACCUCACCCCCCCUCACCCAGCCAGCCCUUCACCAUCCCUCUCAAACCCCCACAAUCUGAUGACUCCCCGGCGUAGAGGUGGACGUGGUACGGAACCGGCUGUAGCAUCAUCAUCGUCAUCCUCAGCACUAUCACUGUCAUCAUCACCAUCCUCCUCCUCCUCUUCCUCAUCACAACCAUGUCCUCGUCGUCGCGCAAGAUCUCCUCCGAGUCGUUCAGCAGCUCAGUGGGCUCGGACUGCGGGCUCGAAAGCCCCGGAGGAGACGGAGGGGACGGAGGUUUGGAGCCGGCGGAGGAGAGUCGAGGCUGCCCGUUCUCCUCCUUCUCCUCCUUCCCAUCCUCCCACAGAGCGGUGCUCUGGAACGGCCGCAGCCCCGCGGAGCAGCAAGGACACGGUGGACCCCACAAGAAGGUCACCAGGAGGAGACGGGUGAACCUGGACUCGCUUGGGGAGAGCCUGAAGCGGCUGACCUCACCCACGACACAGACUGUUCAGGAGGCUCUGCAGCGAACUCUGCAGUUCUACAGACAACAAGAGAUCAGGUGUCAAGAAGUGGGCAGUGAGGAGAGGCGAAGAAAGAGGAGAGAGGAGAAAUGCCCAUUUCUAGAAAAUUCUGGUUCAGAGGAAGAUGUCCUACAGAUCCUACAGUACCUGGCCACCAUACUGGGAGUACCAUUCUGUGAGCUGCGAGAGCAUUUUGGAGAGGAAUUCUUUGGCCUCUGCUUUGAAGAAAAUGAACGAGUGCUUCGGGCAGUAGGAGGGAACCUCCAGGACUUCUUCAAUGGCUUUGAUGCCAUAUUGGAACACAUUCGCACCUCCACCGGGCGUCGUGCCUCAUCUGAGAGCCCCUCCUUCCAGUGCAAGGAUCCCUAUGAGGAGGAGAAAGGGAGGAAAAAACUGGACAAAGUUGGAGAGCGAGGCGAAACACAUGCAAGAGGGAAAGUGUUGCUUCUUCACUGUUUCAACCCUGCCCCUGUUGUUGGAUUGGUCAUGCCAGGGCUGAUCAGAGCUGUUGCCAGGCGCAUCUUUCAUUCAGAAGUUGAGGUGGAAGAGGUGCCACCUUUAACUCCCUUAAUGCCUAGUGAAGAUACAGAACACACAGAUGGUGACUCUACAACCCCCACUCCAACUGCAUCCCCAACAGCCUCACCUUCCUCAUCUCCCUCCCCUCCUUCUCCUUUCCUAACUUCUGUUCCCACAGUUUGCCUGUCCUUCCAAAUACUCGAGACAUGUCCUCCUUCCCUCUCCUCCCUCCCAAAUGCUGCCUCAUUGAGCACUAAACGCCCACCCCCCUCACUCUCCACUAACCCAAGUGAUCUGCGCAUUGGCCUGGCCACAUUUUGCCGUGCCUUUCCAUUUCACCUGGUCCUGGGGCCUCGCAUGGAGCUACUGCAGCUUGGAGAAGGACUGAGGAGGCAGGCUCGCCCUGAGUCUCACCGGAGCCUCUCAUUCAGGGACUGUUUUGAGAUUGUCUCACCCAAGAUGGAGCCUUCAUUCCACGGGAUCCUGCUGAGGCUUGCGUCUCCAUUUACCAUUCGUACCAAGCCUGAAACCACACAGGGUGGCACUAAGGAGAAGGUCAUGGAGUUGAAGGGUCAGAUGAUCCAUGUGCCUGAAUCCUGCUCCCUGAUGUUUCUGGGAUCGCCACGUGUUGAUAAGUUGGAGGAGCUAAUGGGCAGGGGCCUCCACCUGUCAGACAUUCCCAUUCAUGAUGCCACGCGAGAUGUUAUCCUGGUGGGGGAGCAGGCCAAGGCCCAGGAUGGGCUGAAGAAGAGAAUGGACAAACUUAAGGCCACAUUAGAGCGGACUCAUCAGGCACUGGAGGAGGAAAAGAGGAGAACGGUGGAUCUCCUUUACUCCAUAUUUCCAGGUGAUGUGGCGCAAAAACUGUGGCAGGGUCAGUCAGUGCCUGCUCGCAAGUUUGAUGAUGUCACCAUGCUGUUCUCCGACAUCGUGGGUUUCACCGCUGUGUGUGCCCAGUGCACUCCUAUGCAGGUCAUCUCCAUGCUGAAUGAGCUUUACACACGCUUCGACUACCAGUGUGGCAUUCUGGAUGUUUAUAAGAUCGAGACAAUAGGUGAUGCCUACUGUGUGGCGGGAGGACUUCACAAAAAAAUUGAUAGUCACGCGAAGCCGAUUGCACACAUGGCUCUGAAGAUGAUGGAACUUUCUGAGGAAGUGCUGACACCUGAUGGGAAGCCUAUCAAGCUGAGGAUAGGUAUCCACACAGGUUCUGUGUUGGCAGGCGUUGUCGGGGUUAAAAUGCCACGUUAUUGCCUGUUCGGGAACAAUGUGACCCUGGCCAGCAAGUUUGAAUCGGGGAGCCAUCCAAGGUGUAUCAAUGUUAGUCCCACAACUUACCAGUUGCUGAAAGAUGACCGUUCUUUUUCAUUCAUCCCUCGUUCACGGCUGGAGCUCCCUGAGAAUUUUCCCAAAGAGAUCCCAGGGACAUGCUACUUCCUGGAGGCAGGGACAUCCCACAGCCACGCCUCACUGACCAGCUCUCGCUCCGCUCCCCCAGCAUCUAUGAGGAAAGUCUCCUACAGCAUUGGGACCAUGUUUCUAAGAGAAACAAGUUUGUAGGUCCCAUACACAGACUGGGAAACACUGAUAUUCAUGAUGCGAGAGGCUGGAUUUGAACAAGUGGAACAUGCAGGAACUCGAUGAUACAGAUCUCUGCAUGUGCAAAUGCAUUAUAUGAAAACUUGAAUUCAUAAGUGUUGGAUGGACACUAUGAAUUUAUUUACUCAUAGAUGAAAAAGAACAACAUGCCCCCCCCCCUCCGAACAAGGGAGACCUGAGGAAAAGCAACUGUGCUAGUCCCACAGUGACCUCUUCCCAAGGAAGUGUACUGAUGGGGUCAGUUAGUGGAGAAACUUUGAUAUAAAGCAUAAUGACCUAGCUGGCUUCCUCAGCUACAUACCUGGUUUCUAGCUCUCUCCAGUUGUCCUCUCUCCCAUACAGUACCCUGACCUGGGUCUAGAGGCAGCAAUGCUUGGACAAACCAUGGAACAGAGACCAUUCCCAUUUACAUGAGCAGUGCUGCACUCAUUAGCAAUGGAACUGCGCAAAUAGAACAAAUCUUUCCAUUAAAAAGGUGGGUGCUGAAGAUAAAACUUGUAUGGCCCUUUGGAAAAUGGCAGCAGCGUGACAGAUGUUUGCUGUGCAUCAUGACCUCUUGUACAAGCAAAACCCCUACUGAAGAACAAUACAACUCGUCUCACUCACCCUCCAGCUGUCCCUAAAUCAUGUCAUGCUUUACCAAACAUACUCCUACCAUCUGCUGUUUGUUACAGCCACCCAUCAUCCCAAGACCAAUUGGUCAGGGUCGAGAGAGACAAAUGAGAGGCUUAAGUAAGGAGAUAUGUUUAAAAAGCAAUCACAAAAUGACAAAUGCAAAGCUGAUCUUAGAGCCGUUUCUGCUUCUAACUCGCAGCAAACUGUAAUUAACAGCAACUCAGCCAUCUCAUUGCAGGUAACGUGUGUAGGACUGAAAGUGAUUCCCAGCUCAGUGCCUUUUUAACUGUUCAAAUGAGGGCAAAUUGAAGAUGGACAAAAGGAGCGCUUCAUUUAUCUUAUGCUUUCACUUAUUUGAAGAUAUUUUCAUGGUGUUUAUGUCUCAUCAGCUGCACUGGAGAGGACAAGUACUGAAUGGGAGAAAUAUAUGUGCCAAAGGUUAUGAGCCACAUUUGAACCUGUUGUAUUGUCUAUGAGGAGUCCUGACUACUUGUCUUUCAUUUGGAGAUGUUUAUGAGUGGCUAACAAGAUAAAUUAAGCGUUCCUCUAAGAGUUUGCUUUGUCCUGAUCAACCAAUAAUAGCUACACAAAAUAUAGUACUAAUAAUAUAGUAAUAAAAUAAACUUGUACACAGUCACCACAUUUACAUACAUAAUCUUUUUUGGUUGCAUUAUAUUUUACCACAUAGUUGGAAAGGUAUACACUAACCCCAUGCAAAAAAAAAAACAGUAUUCAUAUUUAAGUUUAAGAGAAUCUACAUAAACUGUCAUCAUAUAAUGGGAACUGAGGGGUUACAGUUGAAUAGUCCAAGUAUUUUACACCCUUGACUCUUGUGGGUACUUACUAUAUCUUUGUUUUUCAUCAGUGAAGUACAAAUCAAAUAUCAACAGCUGGCUGUUACAGGCCCUCAGAGAAAGAAAAGCUGUUUUUCCAUUAAAUAUGACAUUUUUCAUGCUGAUAAAAAUGCAUUUAUUGACAUUAAAAGUACACACAGAUUUGUCAACAUCACAUCCUAAUUUUAACUUACUACUGAAACAAUCCUGACUGUUUAUUGAUUGUGAAUUGAAGUAGUACCAGCUGUCUGUGCUUGCUCUUGGUGUACAAAAAGGCCAAAACAUCACAGUAUGGCUUAAGUUUCACACACAGUAACUUAAUACAUUAACUGUUAUUAAAUACUCUUUAAAAAAAAGCUAACUGCUUUUUUGACAGUGGAGAAUUCCAGGUUUUAAUUCACAAUCACAAAACUCCACCAGGAGUGGAAAAGGCAAUAAUAUGCUCCAUUUUUUACUACAGUACAUCUUGCCAAAUGAAAUAGAGGCUGCUGAAUCUCUCAUCUAAAAUAUGCCAAGCUGAAUUCUGAGACACUGCAGCACAGGCUGAGCCUGCUUUCAAGUAAAACGUUUGUUAUGUUGUGUGUGUUCAGCUGUUAAAGGGCAGUACUGGAACAUUUUGACAGCCAAACACUUUGUCAACUCAUUGGCAGGGCCUUGGCAGGGAUUCAUCAGAAGAAUAAUACACUAAUGUGCAUUUGGCUGAAAUUUCUUCCACUGAAGGGCGUCACCCCCUUUAACUGAAAUGGACAUCAGCAUAACAAAGUAAUGUGCCAUAUUAGAGGACAUGAAAAAAAAAAUUAAAAAGAUUUCAUUUUGACCUGUCAGCAUUUGAACUGGAGAGGGAUUACAAGUGCUAGAAGCACAACUCUUGUCAUAGUUCAUUAUUACCAUCAAAUCUUUUUUGCUGUCAUCAGAUUCUCUGAAAACAGUAGCAUCAGAAAGCUUGAAGCUCUUACAGCAUGUUCUGUAAAGGUCCUAAUAAGUUUUGGCAAUGAAAACAGACAAAUAUAUUUUGGAGAAUAUUUUUUUUUCAAAAUAGUUUCCUUUCAGUUAAAGUAUACUAUGCAGUAUAGAGGUAACAAUGGACUAGACAACAAUAACACAUAACAUAAAUCCGAUCAGCCCAUGGGAGCAUAGUUUGUAGCCUAAGAAGUUUUUUUUUUAAUCUAGGUGCCAUUGUUUAGAGUGCCAACUUUGUAAUCUUAACCCUAGAGAAUUUAUCUCAGAAUAAACUGAUUUAAAGACAAGUGGCCACCUGAUAUUUAAGACAGUAUCUUAAAUUUUUGUGGGGGCUUGCUACAGCUUAAUGUUGUUACAAUUGAUGUAUUGCUUUGUGCCAACACAGCCCAAACUGUAACAUUCAUGCUUUUGUGAUAUUAUAAAGAAGCAGAAUCUACAACACCCAGCUGCAAUGUCAGUGAAACAUAUGUUCUGUAUAGUAGUAGUACAUCUGUGGUUCAGAAGAACAACAUUUUGACAUUUCUCUUUAUGGUAACAUCGACAAGCCUGCUCAGCAAAAGUAAACUCUAGUUCAGUAUAAAUUGCCAAGUACACUAGAGAAUAGUUCUAAGAGCCCGAGGGAUGUUUCCCACGUCUCACAAUCUGACAGCGUGGAUAAUGGUUAUUUUUGCCCUGAUGAUGAAGUAUCAUUUCACAAAUGUCAGAGAUAAACAAAAUGCCAGCUAGAAGAGAGGAACCUAAAGAGUUCUGGGUUGAAUCAGCAACACAGGACAAGCAACAUGCAAGAUUUAUAACAACAGAGCCUCACAGGGUGCAAGUACCCAGUAAACAAGAUUAGAAAGAUAUAAUUAGAAAGGUGCGGAAGUGCCAAUUAAUGAUGGCCAUUUAUGAAUACAGAGUUAAUAAUGGCAGUCGUGGUUGCUAUUGUAGCUGAUCACUACCACUGCAAACCUACUGGAUGCUGCUAUAGCACUACAUCAACAGUAAAAAAGACUGAAUUUCCUUAGUGCAUUUGACAGUUGUGUUAUUCAGCUUGUGUUAGAUCUUUCCAAGGCAGGCCUUCACAUACAGAGAUGUACAAAUGCAAUUUGACCAUCAUCCUGGCAACAUUCUAAUAUAUGCAUAAAUCUGUUGUAGCAUAACUAUAGUGCAGGUGUAUUAUAACUUCAGCAGCGCCUGAAUUCUGCAUCUUGGCUAAAUAAAAGAUGUACACCAGCGUUACACCAACGCAACGUGUGUCCCUCUGCUCAAUUCUCCAAGUCUGUAAAUUCUUGGCAGCGUAUUAGACGCCUGGUCAGAUCUCACACGUCUUACUGGUAUGAUGCGGAGGUGUUGCAGGUACUGGUUCUCUAGCGUACAACGUUGUCAGUCAGGGGCCAUUACUGCACACAUCACAGUUAAAAUGGCAAUACAACUGAGCUGUACUGUAGAAGUGUGUCAGACAUGAACAAAUGUUGACAUGAGCCUAAGAAGGCAAGUGUGGCAGGAUCCAGUAGGCCAAAGCUUAACACAUGCAGAACUCCAGCAACUGAUGUCUGAAUGCCUACCGGUGUGAGUCUGUCUGUGUCAAACAGUGCAAGGACAUUCUGAGUUUGCCAGUGUGCAAAAAUAAUCAUUUGUUAAUAAAGGCCGACUGUACCUGUAACAAAUCUGUACAAUUUAGACCAAUUAUUCAAAUUGAAAAAUGUAAAUUUAUAAAAUUAUAAAGAAGCCUUUUUGGUAUAAGUCACAAACUUUUUUGAUGCUUUCACAUUUUGCACUGCUUUGUCCUUUUUCAGUUUCAACCAAAUACUAAAUGUUUCAGUAUGUGCCAUCUGAAGCUGGUUUUCAUAACAUGCCAGUGUCUCUCAAAUAACAGAAAAUCUGGCACAUUAUUCCACUGACGCUAUUGUUGUUUUUUCACUCCACACCACAUCACAUUUUUAUUCUUCAACUGAGUGAGCAUGACACUAUCAUUUUAUUUAAGUAUAAAAUUGCGCAAUAUAUGUUUUUUGUUUGUUUGUUUGUUUUUUGUUUUUUGCAGGACUAGGUUAUAAACUGUCUAGAUGCCAAGUUAAUGGCUCUAAACUGAUGGGAGACUUUCUAUUUGUUUAACAAUAGUUUGAUUUUAACAACAGGAGCGAACAUGGCUGAUGCAUAUUAUCUAUAUCCAGGGUCCCUUAAAUUUUUUAUUAAAAACAAACACUUCACCUCCCUGAGGGAUGGUUAUUUCUCCACUGAUCUCCAGUCUAUAAAGCUUCAUCCCUAUUAGAUGAGUAGCUUCUCUAACACAAUGUUUAUUCACCAGCCUAGUAUAAAGCUAAAUAUUUGGGACAUUUACUAUAAUAAUUCUAAAUCACAUUCAGUCCUCACUCUAGGAACCGCUGGUUGAUGUCACAUGUCAAAAAUCUGGUCGGUGUUUUGUACUUUGACCUCAUGUUGUAACAAUUCAGGUCUGACCCUGGCCAUGAAUCCUGUUUGACCCUGUCAUUGGAAUUAGUUGUGUAUAUGGAAGAGGCUUGCUGUUAGUUGCAGACUGACAAUGAGGACAUCCUCUGUCUGAUAUGAUGUAAAUAAAAACACCAAGUAACUUUAAUAAGG